GCCUCGGCCCUAGCUUCACCCCGACGCCCAGGGGUGUGCGUCUUCCCGCCUGCCGGCAGGCCUCGGACCUCCGCUCGCCUGCCCGCCGCUGCUCCUCGCGGCCCCGGCUCGCGUUCACGCUGUCGCCCGGGCCAGCGCGGCCGCGGGCAACCGCUCCCCCUCCCGCACCUACCCCGCCCCCUCCCCGCCUUUUCCGCCCUCCCGUCCCCCUCCCUCGACCCGCCGCCGCUGCUCCAGAUGAGGUGAUGGCAACGGCCAACUUCGGCAAGAUCCAGAUCGGGAUUUACGUGGAGAUCAAGCGGAGCGAUGGCCGAAUACAUCAGGCAAUGGUAACAUCUUUAAAUGAAGAUAAUGAAAGCGUAACUGUUGAAUGGAUAGAAAAUGGAGAUACAAAAGGCAAAGAGAUUGACUUGGAGAGCAUCUUUUCACUUAACCCUGACCUUGUACCUGAUGAAGAAAUUGAACCCAGUCCAGAAACACCUCCACCUCCAACAUCCUCAGCCAAAGUAAACAAAAUUGUAAAGAAUCGACGGACUGUGGCUUCUAUUAAGAAUGACCCUCCUCCAAGAGAUAAUAGAGUGGUUGGUUCUGCCCGUGCACGGCCUAGUCAGCUUCCUGAACAGUCUUCUUCUGCACAACAGAAUGGUAGUGUUUCAGAUAUAUCUCCAGUUCAAGCUGCAAAAAAGGAAUUUGGACCCCCUUCACGUAGAAAAUCUAAUUGUGUGAAAGAAGUAGAAAAGUUACAAGAGAAACGAGAAAAAAGGAGACUACAACAACAAGAACUUAGAGAAAAAAGAGCUCAGGAUGUUGAUGCUACAAACCCAAAUUAUGAAAUUAUGUGUAUGAUCCGAGACUUUAGAGGAAGUUUGGAUUAUAGACCAUUAACAACAGCAGAUCCUAUUGAUGAACAUAGGAUAUGUGUUUGUGUAAGAAAACGACCACUCAAUAAAAAAGAAACUCAAAUGAAAGAUCUUGAUGUAAUCACAAUCCCUAGUAAAGAUGUUGUGAUGGUACAUGAACCAAAACAAAAAGUAGAUUUAACAAGGUACCUAGAAAACCAAACAUUUCGUUUUGAUUAUGCCUUUGAUGACUCAGCUCCUAAUGAAAUGGUUUACAGGUUUACAGCUAGACCACUGGUGGAAACUAUAUUUGAAAGGGGAAUGGCUACAUGCUUUGCUUAUGGGCAGACUGGAAGUGGAAAAACUCAUACUAUGGGAGGUGACUUUUCAGGAAAGAACCAAGAUUGUUCUAAAGGAAUUUAUGCAUUAGCAGCUCGAGAUGUCUUUUUAAUGCUGAAGAAGCCAAACUAUAAGAAAUUAGAGCUUCAAGUGUAUGCAACCUUUUUUGAAAUUUAUAGUGGAAAGGUGUUUGACUUGCUAAACCGGAAGACAAAAUUAAGAGUACUAGAAGAUGGAAAACAGCAGGUUCAAGUAGUAGGAUUACAGGAACGGGAGGUCAAAUGUGUUGAAGAUGUACUGAAACUCAUUGACAUAGGCAACAGUUGCAGAACAUCUGGGCAGACAUCUGCGAAUGCACAUUCAUCUCGGAGCCAUGCAGUGUUUCAGAUUAUACUUAGAAGGAAAGGAAAACUACAUGGCAAAUUUUCUCUCAUCGAUUUGGCUGGAAAUGAAAGAGGAGCUGAUACUUCCAGUGCAGAUAGGCAAACUCGGCUUGAAGGUGCUGAAAUUAAUAAAAGCCUUUUAGCACUCAAGGAGUGCAUCAGAGCCUUAGGUAGAAAUAAACCUCAUACCCCUUUCCGAGCAAGUAAACUCACUCAGGUGUUAAGAGAUUCAUUCAUAGGUGAAAACUCUCGUACCUGCAUGAUUGCCACAAUCUCUCCAGGAAUGGCAUCCUGUGAAAAUACUCUUAAUACAUUAAGAUAUGCGAAUAGAGUAAAGGAGUUUGGAAUUAGUCCAUCAGACAUUCCCUUCUCACAGGGUAGUGGCAGUCGCCCUGACCUCUCUCCUUCUUAUGAGUAUGACGACUUUUCUCCUUCGAUUACCAGGGUGAAAGAAUUGACUGUGGAUCCAACUGCUGCUGGUGAUGUUCGUCCAAUAAUGCACCAUCCACCGAAUCAGAUUGAUGAUUUAGAGGCACAGUGGGGAGUGGGGAGUUCCCCUCAGAGAGAUGAUCUAAAACUUCUUUGUGAACAAAAUGAAGAAGAGGUUUCCCCACAACUGUUUACUUUCCAUGAAGCCGUCUCACAAAUGGUAGAAAUGGAAGAACAAGUGGUGGAAGAUCACAGGGCAGUGUUCCAGGAAUCUAUUCGAUGGUUAGAAGAUGAAAAGGCUCUCCUAGAGAUGACUGAAGAAGUAGACUAUGACGUAGAUUCAUAUGCUACGCAACUUGAAGCUAUUCUUGAGCAAAAAAUAGACAUUUUAACAGAGCUGCGGGAUAAAGUGAAAUCUUUUCGUGCAGCUCUACAAGAAGAAGAACAGGCCAGCAAGCAAAUCAACCCGAAGCGACCCCGUGCCCUUUAAAUUGGCAUUUGCUGCUAACGGAUCCCUAGAACCCUCAGUUUUAACACACAAGGUUCAGCUGUAAGGGCCAUUUGAGAGUUGGGAAUGUAAAGUGUCUGUGGGAAAUGUCUCGUCCCUUCGCCUGAAUGACAUUUCAGUUUUGUGAAACACAACAUUGUCUACAAAAUGCUUCUAGUUCAGGAGGCACAGCGAAGAUUUGGGGAUGGUGAAGCAUUUUGUUUCAUUUACCCAAAUAGUGAUUUACUUUUAGAGAUCCCUGCCAAUUUUAUUUUCUGUAUGAUGAAGUAAGAUUGUGGACUUGAUCCAAGGGUGAAUAAUAGGGGGCAGCCACCGCAUUUCCUAACUCAGUUCAAUUUCUGUAGCAAGACUGAGCAGUUUUAAAUUCUUUGCGUGCAUGCAUACCUCAUAUGUGAUUGUACAUACCUUGCCCACUCCUAGAGACAGCUGUGCUCACCUAUUCCUGCUUUGUGCCUUGACUAAGGCUAUUAACCCUAAAUUUCUGAAGCACAGCCAAGUUAAAUUACAUUCCUUAUUUGUCCUUGUAAAUUACCUUUAUUGUGUGUACAUUUUUACUGUAUUUGAGACAUUUUUUUGUGUGUUACUAGUUAAUUUUGCAGGAUGUGCCAUAUUAUUGAAUGGAACUAAAGUCUGUGACAGUGGACAUAGCUGCUGGACCACUCCAUCUUAUAUGUAAAGAAAUCUGGAAUUAUGAUUUUAAAACAUAUAACAUGUGGAUAUAAUUUUCUUAGCAUUUUCUUUGUAAAGAACUAAAAUAUAAACUAGUUGGUGUAUAAUAAAAAGUAAUGAAAU